CCCCCUCACGUACUCGCGGCUCCGCGCCCGGAGCUCCGCAGUUCGAACGCACCCCGGAGUCCACUCUCGGGCGCGUUCCCGGUGUGCCUCUCCCGAGUCCUUACGGCGGCUUCGACCCCGGACCUUUCCGCGCCUCGGGGUUGUGCCGAGACGGGGAGGCGUGGCGCGGGCCGCGGUGGGCUGAGGUUCGGGCUGCCGGGCCUCCUCUCGCCCGGUGGGCGGCUCAGACCAUGUCACCCGAAGAAUGGACAUACCUAAUGGUUCUACUUAUCUCCAUCCCCAUCGGCUUCCUCUUUAAAAAAGCUGGACCUGGGCUGAAGAAAUGGGGGGCAGCAGCAGUGGGCCUGGGGCUCACCUUGUUCACUUGUGGCCCCCACACUUUGCACUCUCUGGUCACCAUUCUGGGGACCUGGGCCCUCAUUCAGGCUCAGCCCUGCUCCUGCCAUGCCCUGGCUCUGGCCUGGACCUUCUCCUAUCUCCUGUUCUUCCGAGCCCUCAGCCUGCUGGGCCUGCCCACUCCCACGCCCUUCACCAAUGCCGUCCAGCUGCUGUUGACACUGAAGCUGGUGAGCCUGGCUAGUGAAGUCCAGGACCUACACCUGGCCCAGAGGAAGGAAAUGGCCUCUGGCUUCAGCAAAGAGCCCCCUCUGGGGCUGCUGCCUGAAGUCCCCUCCUUGAUGGAGACGCUCAGCUACAGCUACUGCUAUGUGGGGAUCAUGACAGGCCCCUUCUUCCGCUACCGCACGUACCUGGACUGGCUGGAACAGCCCUUCCCUGAGUCGGUGCCCAGCCUGCGGCCCCUGCUGCGCCGCGCCUGGCCAGCCCCGCUCUUCGGCCUGCUCUUCCUGCUCUCCUCGCACCUCUUCCCGCUGGAGGCCGUGCGCGAGGACGCCUUCUACGCCCGCCCACUACCCGCCCGCCUCUUCUACAUGAUCCCCGUCUUCUUCGCCUUCCGCAUGCGCUUCUACGUGGCCUGGAUUGCAGCCGAGUGUGGCUGCAUUGCCGCUGGCUUCGGGGCCUACCCCGUGGCCGCCAAAGCCCGGGCCGGGGCCGGCCCCACCCUCCAAUGCCCACCCCCCAGCAGUCCGGAGAAAGCCGCUUCCUUGGAGUAUGACUAUGAGACCAUCCGCAACAUCGACUGCUACAGCACUGACUUCUGCGUGCGGGUGCGGGACGGCAUGCGGUACUGGAACAUGACGGUGCAGUGGUGGCUGGCUCAGUACAUCUACAAGAGUUCACCUGCUCGCUCUUACGUCCUGAGGAGUGCCUGGACCAUGCUCCUGAGCGCCUACUGGCAUGGCCUGCACCCUGGCUACUACCUGAGCUUCCUGACCAUCCCGCUGUGCCUGGCGGCCGAGGGCUCUCUGGAGUCAGCCGUGCGCACACGGCUGGGUGCCAGGGGCCAGCAGGUCUGGGACUGGGUGCACUGGUUCCUGAAGAUGCGUGCCUACGACUACAUGUGCAUGGGCUUCGUGCUGCUCUCCAUGGGCGAUACACUCCGGUACUGGGCCUCUAUCUACUUCUGCAUCCACAUCCUGGCCCUGGCCUGUCUCGGGCUGGGGCUGGCUCUGGGUGGGGGCAGUCCUAGCCGGCGGAAGGCAGCCCUGCAGGCCCAGGCCUCCGGCCUCUCCCAGGAGAAGCUUCGUGAAGAGUGAGCUGCAGGCACCCACAUCCGUCAGUCUCCAAACUUUGGUGUGGAAAUUCUGCAAAGCAGGCUGCUGUCUCUUCUCCCGGCAAGAGGCUCCCAAACAGCUGGGAGCCUGGAGGAGCCCCUUCUCCCUCAGCUGACUACUCUGCCUGAAGCAAGGCUGGUGUUCCCCCCUUGACAGAGCUCCCCAGUUCUCUGCCCUGCCCUGUGCCCAGCAGGUUGCUAAAGUGAGGGUGUCAUCCACACCUGCUCUGCUCUGAUCCUGCUCCAGUUGGGGAAGAAUAGAGAGUUAAACUUCCUCCCUGAAUGCCGAGAAGGGCCCCAUGGAGAUGUGGCUUGAGUAAAUCCUUCUCAAUGCCCCCCCCACCCCCAUCCGAUAGGGACAGGAGUGCCAAGGCCAGGUUCUGGGACAGAGAACCUCUUCUUGUGUCUUGUUCCAAUGUUACUUCCAUCAAACCAGUCUUUCAGACGUGGAAGGGAACAUGACCUUCCAUUUCUUAAAGGGGAAACCGCUGUGGGUGGGGGGGAAGGG